AUGACAGAAAUCCCAACCUUCCACAAUCUCUCCCUCGAAAGACAUGGGAAUGUGUUUGUUCUGACCAUGCAGAAACCGCCGGAGAACCGGUUGAACUCAUCGUAUUGCCAGGAAAUGAUCCGGGCCUAUCGCACCGUAGAAAGAAUCCUGGGAUCUGACUCGGAAGGGGCAGUAAUCACGCAGGGCAAUGAUGCCAAAUUCUGGUGCACUGGACUAGAGCUCGACGAAUCAGACAACAACCCGUUUGCUAAUACAGAUGGGUUCUAUCCACUCAUCCAUACGAUUCUUGACUUCCCGUUCCCAACCAUCGCUCUUUUGACUGGACACACCUUUGGCGGCGCCUGCCCGCUAGCCCUAGCACAUGACUAUCGAGUCAUGAACUCUCGCCGCGGCUUUAUCUCUAUGCCUCCGGUGAACCUGGGUCUGCACUUUGAUGGCAUUGGCUCGCUGCCUCGUCUAAAACUGCGCCCGCAGAUUGCGCGUAAAAUGUUGCUCGAGGCGCAUAGAUGGACUGGACCUGAAGCACUGCAGGAUGGAAUUGUGGAUGUUGUUGCGGAGCCAGAGGAGAUGCUGAAUGUUGCCUUGGAAUUGGCGGCGAAGUGGGCACCCAAAGCGAAGAUGGGGGUAUAUGCCUUGCUUCGUCAGGAGCUUUGGGGUGACGCUAUUGAGAAGUUUCAGCGGAUUAGUUAUGUUCAUAGUCGGGUGACUUCGGCACCUGCUAAGGUGAAGAUUUGA